AGUCGGAGAGCCCCCGGAGCCGGGCGGGCGUCCAGAGCCGGGCCCGCGGGGCUUCGUCCCGCAGAAGGAGAUCGUCUACAACAAGCUGCUGCCCUACGCCGAGCGGCUAGACGCGGAGUCCGACUUGCAGCUGGCCCAGAUCAAAUGCAACCUGGGCCGGGCGGUGCAGCUCCAAGAGCUGUGGCCCGGGGGCCUCUUCUGGACCAGGAAACUCUCCACAUAUAUUCGACUUUAUGGGAGAAAAUUUAGCAAAGAAGAUCAUGUUCUUUUUAUUAAGUUAUUGUAUGAGCUGGUAUCAAUUCCAAAACUGGAAAUCAGCAUGAUGCAGGGAUUUGCCCGCCUUUUGAUCAACUUGUUAAAGAAAAAGGAACUUCUUUCAAGAGAUGAUUUGGAGUUACCCUGGAGACCACUUUAUGACAUGGUAGAAAGAAUAUUAUAUUCCAAGACAGAGCACCUAGGAUUAAAUUGGUUUCCUAAUUCUGUAGAAAAUAUUCUCAAAACACUCGUGAAAAGCUGCCGACCAUAUUUUCCAGCAGAUGCCACAGCUGAGAUGCUAGAAGAAUGGCGACCUUUAAUGUGCCCUUUUGAUGUAACCAUGCAAAAGGCCAUCACUUACUUUGAAAUAUUUCUUCCUACCUCCCUUCCUCCAGAACUUCAUCAUAAAGGUUUUAAACUUUGGUUUGAUGAAUUAAUUGGCCUUUGGGUUUCGGUGCAAAAUCUCCCACAGUGGGAGGGGCAACUAGUAAAUCUCUUUGCUCGAUUGGCUACAGAUAAUAUAGGGUACAUAGAUUGGGAUCCAUAUGUACCAAAGAUAUUUACAAGAAUUCUGAGAAGCUUGAACCUCCCAGUGGGAAGCAGUCAAGUGUUAGUCCCAAGAUUUUUAACAAAUGCUUAUGAUAUUGGACAUGCUGUAAUAUGGAUCACCGCCAUGAUGGGUGGACCAAGUAAGCUAGUGCAAAAACACUUAGCUGGUUUGUUUAACAGCAUCACAUCUUUUUACCAUCCUUCAAAUAAUGGGCGCUGGCUGAACAAGUUAAUGAAACUACUUCAGCGGCUGCCAAACAGUAUUGUUAGAAGAUUGCAUCGUGAAAGAUACAAGAAGCCCUCUUGGUUAACUCCUGUGCCUGAUAGCCACAAGCUUACUGAUCAAGAUGUUACAGACUUUGUACAAUGCAUUAUUCAGCCUGUCCUCUUGGCUAUGUUUAGCAAAACUGGUAGUCUAGAAGCAGCCCAGGCUUUGCAGAAUCUUGCACUCAUGAGACCUGAAUUAGUAAUACCCCCUGUACUUGAAAGAACGUAUCCUGCAUUAGAGACAUUAACAGAACCUCACCAGCUCACAGCCACUUUAAGUUGUGUAAUUGGAGUAGCCCGCAGUUUGGUAUCGGGAGGCAGAUGGUUUCCUGAAGGUCCUACACAUAUGCUACCUCUGUUGAUGAGAGCAUUGCCUGGGGUGGAUCCAAAUGACUUUAGUAAAUGCAUGAUCACAUUCCAGUUCAUAGCAACAUUUUCUACUCUGGUGCCUUUAGUAGAUUGUUCAUCUGUACUACAAGAAAGAAAUGACCUCACAGAAGUGGAACGAGAACUUUGUUCAGCCACAGCUGAAUUUGAGGACUUCGUCUUACAAUUUAUGGACAGAUGCUUUGGACUUAUAGAAAGUAGCACAUUGGAGCAAACAAGAGAAGAGACAGAAACUGAGAAAAUGACACACUUGGAGAGUUUGGUCGAAUUAGGUCUGUCUUCUACGUUUAGUACAAUCCUCACCCAAUGUUCCAAAGAAAUAUUUAUGGUGGCCCUUCAGAAGGUUUUUAAUUUUUCUACUUCACAUAUAUUUGAAACAAGAGUAGCAGGUCGCAUGGUGGCAGACAUGUGCCGCGCUGCUGUAAAGUGCUGCCCAGAAGAAUCUUUGAAGCUCUUUGUUCCCCACUGCUGCAGUGUUAUAACUCAGCUUACAAUGAAUGAUGAUGUAUUAAAUGAUGAAGAGCUAGACAAGGAAUUACUGUGGAAUCUUCAACUUUUGUCUGAGAUUACCCGAGUGGAUGGAAGGAAGUUGCUUCUUUAUAGGGAGCAGCUUGUAAAGAUUCUCCAGAGAACCCUACAUUUAACCUGUAAGCAGGGUUACACUCUGUCUUGUAACCUUUUGCAUCAUCUUCUGCGUUCUACCACACUUAUCUACCCUACAGAAUACUGCAGUGUGCCAGGUGGCUUUGACAAGCCUCCUUCUGAAUACUUCCCUAUCAAGGACUGGGGCAAACCCGGGGACUUAUGGAAUCUGGGAAUCCAGUGGCAUGUUCCUUCUUUAGAAGAAGUGUCUUUUGCCUUUUAUCUUUUGGACUCCUUUCUUCAGCCUGAGCUUAUCAAACUCCAACAUUGUGGGGAUGGAAAACUUGAAAUGUCUAGAGAUGAUAUUCUACAGAGUCUGACUAUAGUGCACAACUGUUUAAUUGGCUCUGGAAACCUCCUACCUCCGUUGAAAGGAGAGCCAGUUACUAACUUAGUACCAAGUAUGGUGUCCUUGGAAGAGACAAAGUUGUAUACUGGACUUGAAUAUGAUCUGUCUCGAGAGAACCACCGCGAAGCAAUUGCUGCAGUUAUAAGGAAACUUCUUAACCACAUACUUGAUAAUUCAGAAGAUGAUACGAAGUCAUUAUUUCUUAUUAUAAAGAUUAUUGGAGACCUUUUGCAAUUCCAAGGAUCUCACAAGCAUGAAUUUGACUCCCGAUGGAAAAGCUUCAACUUAGUAAAGAAAUCAAUGGAAAAUCGGCUCCAUGGGAAAAAACAACAUAUCAGAGCACUGUUGAUUGAUAGAGUAAUGUUACAGCAUGAGCUACGGACACUAACUGUUGAGGGUUGUGAAUACAAAAAGAUACAUCAAGAUAUGAUCAGAGAUCUUCUUCGCUUAUCUACAAGUUCAUACAGUCAGGUGAGAAAUAAGGCUCAGCAAACAUUUUUUGCUGCCUUGGGAGCAUAUAACUUCUGUUGCAGAGAUAUCAUUCCCUUGGUUUUGGAGUUCUUAAGGCCUGAUAGACAAGAUGUUACACAGCAGCAAUUCAAGGGUGCCUUGUACUGUCUCCUUGGAAAUCACAGUGGUGUGUGCUUGGCAAACCUUCAUGAUUGGGACUGUAUUGUACAGACUUGGCCAGCGAUUGUUUCUUCAGGGCUUAGCCAAGCAAUGUCCCUGGAAAAGCCAUCAAUAGUGAGACUGUUUGAUGAUCUUGCAGAAAAGAUUCAUAGGCAGUAUGAAACAAUUGGCUUGGACUUCACAAUUCCAAAGUCAUGUGUUGAAAUAGCGGAAUUACUUCAACAGUCAAAAAACCCCUCUAUCAACCAGAUAUUGCUUAGCCCAGAAAAAAUUAAGGAAGGAAUUAAACGCCAACAAGAAAAGAAUGCUGAUGCCCUAAGGAACUAUGAAAAUUUGGUAGACACCUUGCUAGAUGGUGUGGAGCAAAGAAACCUGCCCUGGAAAUUUGAACAUAUAGGCAUUGGGCUUCUGUCUCUACUGCUGAGAGAUGACCGAGUGUUGCCUCUUCGUGCCAUACGGUUUUUUGUUGAGAAUCUCAACCAUGAUGCAAUUGUAGUUCGAAAGAUGGCUAUCUCAGCUGUUGCUGGUAUCCUUAAACAGCUAAAAAGAACCCACAAAAAGCUGACCAUUAACCCAUGUGAAAUCAGUGGAUAUCCUAAACCCACCCAAAUUAUUGCUGGUGAUAGACCUGAUAAUCAUUGGUUGCAUUAUGAUAGCAAAACUUUACCAAGAACUAAAAAAGAAUGGGACUCAAGUUGCUUUGUGGAAAAAACUCACUGGGGAUACUACACCUGGCCAAAGAAUAUGGUUGUUUAUGCUGGUGUGGAAGAGCAGCCUAAGCUUGGCAGAAGCAGGGAGGAUAUGACAGAGGCAGAACAGAUUAUAUUUGAUCAUUUUUCUGAUCCUAAAUUUGUUGAACAGUUAAUUACUUUUCUAUCAUUAGAAGACAGAAAAGGAAAAGAUAAGUUUAAUCCACGACGUUUUUGUCUCUUUAAGGGUAUAUUCAGGAAUUUUGAUGAUGCCUUCCUGCCAGUUCUGAAGCCGCAUUUAGAACGUUUGGUUGCAGAUUCACAUGAAAGCACCCAGCGAUGUGUUGCAGAAAUUAUAGCUGGUUUAAUCAGAGGUUCUAAGCAUUGGACAUUUGAAAAGGUGGAGAAGCUGUGGGAGCUUCUGUGCCCUCUGCUUAGAACAGCACUGUCCAACAUUACCGUAGAAACUUAUAAUGACUGGGGAGCUUGUAUAGCAACAUCUUGUGAAAGCAGAGAUCCCCGGAAACUUCACUGGCUUUUUGAACUGCUGUUGGAAUCACCAUUGAGUGGUGAAGGAGGAUCCUUUGUAGAUGCAUGUCGACUUUAUGUACUACAAGGUGGCCUUGCCCAGCAAGAGUGGAGAGUGCCUGAACUAUUGCACAGACUACUGAAGUAUUUGGAGCCUAAACUCACCCAGGUUUACAAAAAUGUCAGAGAAAGAAUAGGAAGCGUGCUGACCUACAUAUUCAUGAUUGAUGUUUCUUUGCCAAAUACCGCACCAACCACAUCGCCUCAUGUCCCUGAGUUUACUGCUCGAAUUCUGGAGAAAUUGAAACCUCUCAUGGAUGUGGAUGAAGAAAUUCAGAACCAUGUUAUGGAAGAAAAUGGAAUUGGUGAAGAAGAUGAACGAACUCAGGGCAUUAAACUCUUGAAAACCAUAUUGAAAUGGCUGAUGGCAAGUGCAGGAAGAUCCUUUUCUACAGCAGUCACAGAACAACUUCAGCUUCUACCUUUGUUUUUUAAGAUUGCCCCAGUGGAAAAUGACAAUAGCUACGAUGAACUGAAAAGAGAUGCAAAGUUAUGUUUAUCGUUAAUGUCUCAGGGGUUGCUUUACCCUCAUCAAGUGCCUUUGGUACUUCAGGUGCUAAAACAAGUUCGAGAAAUGGCUGCUACUACCUUAAGCGGUCUGCUACAGUGUAACUUCCUUACCAUGGACAGUCCUAUGCAGAUUCAUUUUGAGCAACUUUGCAAAACAAAACUACCUAAGAAAAGAAAGCGAGACCCUGGUUCUGUAGGAGAUACCAUUCCUUCUGCAGAGUUGGUCAAACGCCAUGCUGGGGUGCUAGGACUUGGCGCAUGUGUUCUUUCUAGUCCUUACGAUGUUCCCACCUGGAUGCCCCAGCUCCUCAUGAAUCUCAGUGCACAUCUAAAUGAUCCUCAGCCUAUUGAGAUGACUGUAAAAAAAACCUUAUCCAAUUUCCGAAGGACUCACCAUGACAACUGGCAGGAACACAAACAGCAAUUCACUGAUGACCAACUGCUUGUUCUCACCGAUCUUCUUGUGUCACCAUGCUAUUAUGCAUAGAAAGAUGACUAGUCCUCACUUCAGGCUCUUUUCAUCAAAAAUUCCACACCCUCAGGUACCAUCUGUGGUGGCUCUCUGCAAGUUUUAAAACUGCCUCUGCUGAGCUCUCAUCAUUUUGGUGGUUUCUGUGUUAGAUCUCAUUAGUGUGCAUUCCACAGCUUCUCAGUUGCCAUUUGAUUUCCUAACUUGUCCGGAAGUGUUUCCAGAAUACUGAUCACUUUUUUUUUUUUGAGGCAUCUGACAAAGUCACAAAGUCUCAGACUAGAAAUAAUUACCCAGUAUGAUCAUGGCAUCCAAGACCAGAGUCUCGGAACUCAUUAAGAAACAGUUGACUUGGAAUGGAGAAUGCCCAUCUGUCACACAGGUCCUGUCAUUUCAUUCUUCUCAAGUUAUUUUCAAUUCUUCCCAAAUGGCUGCUGGAUUUAGAUGGUAGUAGGGCUGUGGGCCAUAAAUCUGAAGCCUUGAGAACCUUGGGUCUGGAGAGCCAUGAAGAGGGAAGGAAAAGAGGGCAAGUCCUGAACCUAACCAAUGACCUGAUGGAUUGCUCGACCAAGACACAGAAGUGAAGUCUGUGUCUGUGCACUUCCCACAGACUGGAGUUUUUGGUGCUGAAUAGAGCCAGUUGCUAAAAAAUUGGGGAUUUGGUGAAGAAAUUUCUGAUUGUUGUGUGUAUUCAAUGUGUGAUUUUAAAAAUAAACAGCAACAACAAUAAAAACCCUGACUGGCUGGUUUUUCCCUGUAUUCUUUACAACUAUUUUUUGACCCUCUGAAAAUUGUUAUACUUCACCUAAAUGAAAGACUGCUGUGUUUGUGGAAAUUUUGUAAUUUUUUUUCUUUAUUUUGUUCUCUCUUCCUUUUUAUUUUGCCUGCAGAAUCGUUGAGAGACUAAUAAGGCUUGAUAUUUAAUUGAUUUGUUUAAUAUAUGUUAUAUAAAUGUAAAAGAUUGUAUAAACUGUAGAGAUAGCAUUGGCAAGACUUUGUACAGAUGCAACCUUUUACACAACAUCAUUGUGUAAUUUGUAAAGAUUCACAUGUAGUUCUUUAUUAUAGUGAUUUUGGGCUUUUGUACCCACUGAAUGCCAUUUUUUGUGUUUUUAAAUUAUUUUCUUUUAUCUUUCCUUGUUAUAAAAACUGAGAUGUGGGGUUUUUCUCUUUUUUUCAGUUCAUUUAUCAUUAGAAUGUCUGAACUUUUAUGUAACGUUUUUGUGUGCAUCUCUCAAUGCUAACACCACAUGUUUGCGUAUGACAAGUUUAUAGAGUGAAAGGUAUCUUCUAGAUUGAAAUAAUUCACAAAUCGGUGAAUAUCAUCUUGGAACACACCCUGUACAGUCUUCCUUAAAGGAACACUACAGUAUAUUUUUAGUAUCUACAUGCUGAAUGACUCAGUACAGACCUAAGCACAGCAGUGGUCCUGGUACAGUAUUUAAGUGUCAGCAUACACAGGCGUAAUCCCUGUAUAAAGUAGUGCCAAAUUGAUUUCAACUGUGUAACUAGUUUAAAACCCAAUAAAUGGAUUGUUUUUAA